AUGUCUACAACUGAGAUGGCGUCAGAUUUUUCCGGAAUUGUGAAUUGUACAAAAAACUCGACAAACAUUUUUGGUAAUUAUGACAGCACGACUUCCAUGAGUACCGGGAGCGGCUCCAGCAGGAGUAAUUAUUACGUUGUAGACAAAGGAAUUAUGGACAUUUUGAGAAAAACAAUAGUGUGUGGAAUAAUGCCACCCUUGUGUGCUUUUGGAGUCGUCGGCAAUAUUCUGGCUUUGAUCAUUUUGAUUCGUCACAAACCAAUCAGAUCCACUACGAUUGUGCUGAUCGCCAUCGCAAUUGCUGAUCUUGCUUUCAUAGCAACAACAAUCGUCAACGUUGCCACCCUGAUAGUCAGAACCUUCGAUCCAGAAAACGCGAUGGAGGUCACGAUGGGAAUGAUAAUCCCUUUCUCUGUGUAUCUCAGUCCGCUUCCAGGAAGGGUUUCCAACUGGUUAGUUGCACUCAUUUCCUUGGAACGCCUGGUCGCUGUGACCCGUCCACUCAAAGUUAAGCAAAUUUGUACGAAGAAACUUAUGCUUGCUUUGUCUAUUGUGAUUCCUUUGUCUGUCGCCAUUCUCACCAGCCCAAAGCUUUGGCUUUAUGAAGUUAAGGAGGUCACCCUUCCUGACGGUAAUGUAACGAAAACUAUUGCUCUUGGUUUCAUUGGCCGGCAGAAACAGCUAUUUGAAGUGUACUACCUCAUCUCCGAGACACUGUUGAGAUUUGUGCCGAUGUGUUUGAUUAUUGUGUGCAAUGUCAUUAUCAUUGCCGCUACCUGCAUACAAGCGAAGUGGAGAAGAAGUCAGAAAUUGAACUAUGCUAUGGGGAAACAACCGUCAAAAGACGAACGACAAAUAACAAGAACACUCCUCACAGUCACCUGUGUCUUCAUUGUCUGUCUGAUGCCGGCAACCAUUUCCCGCUUAAUGGUCCUCUUCGACUCUGAAAGCUCUUACUACAAAUACAGCUCGAAUGUGUACAGUCUUUUGAGCUUAAUUGGACUGAUUACGGAAACGACUAACUCAUCCAUCAACUUUGUGAUUUAUGUCACCAUGAACCAUGCUUAUCGUCGGCAACUAUAUUUGAUUUGUGGUAAGCUCGAGAAACUCGAGAAGAAAGCUUAUUUGGUUAAAGGUUCCGCUGCCACUUCCGCCACCUCCAUUAGUAAGGAGCGCCUCUCUACGCCAGAUUCGUCUAUGACAAAAGAGAACGAUGGAGAAGCCCACAUGUGACAAACAUGAAAGCUCGGGCUACAAUAACAUUUACUUAUUCUUAAAUGUUGUGAACUCUAUUUAGGACAAUGUAAGGCUUGGGACAAUCGCAUAGAAAUAUCUAUCACCUGGAAUCAGGAUCAGCAGGUAUUUGAGGACACGCCGAGUGAAGUGUAUGUAUAGAAAAGUGUACUAUAUGUCGUUUGUGUUUGAA